AAAGAUAGGAAGAUAGAGCUGGAAGGAUAGAGGCCCAAAGCAUCAACACGAUCAGGCCAACCCCCUCGUUCACUCAGCAAGCUCAACACGAAAAUAUUAUAAUGACAGAUUGCAUCAGAUUGAUUAAUCACAAGAUGUGGCCAUUACUCUUUGUCGAUUGUGAGAUAAUGGUGCACUAUAAACGUCUUAGCAUCGUCGGUCAUCUACGAUGCUAUUAACAUCGCCAUGAAUCAGCACCAUUAUAUCACUCGCACACCGAGACGAGCAACAAAUGCGUUUCUUCUUUGACCGUUGCAAAAUGAGCACCAUCCGAUGGUCUACUAGCUGAUUUGACCGUCGUGACUGUCACGAUUAUGCAUCCGUUGUUGCACCGAUCAGAAGUUUUGCCAAGAUCGAGCUUCGAGACGAACUAGACUCUCUAGAACCUGCAGAUGUGUGGUGUGAGUAUCCUAGGGUUUUAGACCAUCUCCUAGACCCGAACUCUAGUUACUAUAGCGGGACGUUGCGGCCUCGCGUAACUCACCGUGCUCUAGUAGGACAGGCUAGGGAUGCGACACGAGAGAACACAGGCUCACAGGGAUCUCGAGGAGCCAACAGCUACAACACUAAAUAUGCAUCCGUUGUUGCACCGAACCGUUGAAGAAGAUGAUGCCUCCUCGUGGUCGCUUUUUAGAAGUUGUCGUGAUAGUACUUAA